GAUAUAAAUAUGUAAACUAGCGCUGUCACAUUAUCAUACAGUGUUUGCUUAUAUAUAUAUGCCGUUAUAUUAUGGAUUUCACUCUCAUAAAUGUAAUAUUGCGCUUCGUAUCGCUUGAUGAGAUUAUAAGUUUCACCGUUUUGUAAACAUCAUUCAAUAUUGUUGUACUAUCACAAUGUCUUUUGCGGGAAAAGUUGUUCUGAUAACAGGGGCCAGUUCAGGAAUUGGAGCUGAAACAGCUAUUCACUUUGCUCAACUUGGUGCAUCAUUGUCGAUAACAGGACGUAAUAAACACAAUUUAGAAAAGGUAGCCGAACAAUGUGGAAAAUCCAAGCCGUUUAUUGUAACUGGAGAUUUAGCCAAUGAGAAUGAUGUGAAAAAUAUUAUCGACUCGACGAUCAAGCAUUAUGGCAAAUUAGAUGUUUUAGUUAAUAACGCUGGAAUUGUAGGAUUCGGUAAUAUAGAAACUCCGAGCUUGGAACAAUACGACAAUAUUAUGAACGUAAAUGUUCGCUCGGUAUUUCAAUUGACAGCACUAGCAGUACCACAUUUAAGCAAAACGAAAGGCAACAUUGUAAAUGUUUCAAGCGUGGCUGGAUUACGACCUCUGAGGAAUCAUUUGUCAUAUUGCAUGAGUAAGGCGGCUCUGGAUCAAUUUACGCGUUGCGUUGCUUUAGAAUUGGCAUCACGACAGGUGCGUGUGAAUGCUGUAAAUCCUGGUGCUGUACAAACAAAUAUCUUCCAGAACACUGGACUGAGCCAAGAACAAAUUAAAAUCCGUUAUGAACAGUUGAAAGGGAUGCAUGCUUUAGCAAGAAACGGCGACUCUUUGGAAAUCGCAAAAACCAUUGCAUUUCUAGCAAGUGACGAUGCUAGUUUUAUGACAGGGGUGACAUUGCUUGUAGAUGGAGGUUGGCAUAUUGUGCCCCCCGAGGGUGUUGCGAUACAUUAAAAUGGUAUAUUAUAAUAUAGGGCGCAAAAUUU